AUGUGGGAGUGGCUGAAGUCAAAGGCUCAAGGGAUGAGCCUGUUUGACGCAGUGAUAAUAGGUGACGCACGGAAAGUCGAGCAACUACUCGCCAAUAAAUGCGACACCUCAAUUGCAGACCAGUCUGGUAUGACAAUUCUACACUGGGCAGCGUUGAGAGGACACAACAAGAUUAUACCUUUGCUUUUACAAAACGAUACCAGCCUUGCUUCUAGAACAGACCAUCACGGGAGGGUUGCCAUGCACUGUGCAGCAGAGAACGGCCAUCUAGAGGCUGUAAAGUUAAUUGGCACGACUGGUCUCAAUAUCUCGGACUCAAUGGGCAGAACAGCAUUGCAUUGGGCCGCCGGAAAUGGUCAUUUAGAUGUGGUGAUCUUUCUACUUAAUAAGGGGGCCAAUGCGAGUGCCCUCGAUUCUUUCGGAGAGACACCGCUAUCCAAAGCAGCAUCCAUGGGACAUGAAUCUAUCGUCCAGCAGCUACUACUGCCUCAAACGGUCAAAAUCAACAAGCCAGAUCAAAAUGGAUAUACAGCCUUACACCGAGCAGCUGAGAGCAAGAAUGGCAACGUCGCUUUGCUUUUUCUGAAGAACAAACUGGUCGACCUCGAUGCGAAGACCGCAACCGGUGAAACCUUUUUUGAUGUAUUAGGCCAAGAAAUACCAGAACCAGAGUACGGGGUCCUUGAGGCCCUUGGGUUCAUAACAGCGAAAGAAGUCGGCCCCGCUACAAAAGUUACUGCAAAUGAUAAGGCCCGUGAUGCGGCUGUACUGCAUCACCGACUGAACAGAAGAUCAGCCGUGGAACUCCUGCUGAAACGGAUGAAUCAUAAAAAAAAAGAAGACGGGUUUGAAAAAGUACUUGUAUCUAUUUCAAAAGAAAGAAUACCCGCGUUUCUCCCCACUUUCGAUGGGCAAGCAUUAGAAUUCCUGCUGUGGGCAGUCACACACAAUAUGAUCGAGGUGGUGAAUAGGCUCAUUGCCCAGGGGAUUCCUGUUAAUCGCAAGGAACGUUAUCCGAAGCCCGUACUUCAGCACGCAGCUAAGAAUGGUUUUGUCGAUAUGGUACAGCUGCUUCUGGAUAGAGGAGCCGAAGUUAAUGCGAGCAUAGCCACUUCCAGCAAAGAGACGGCUUUUAUGCUUGCAGCAGAAAAUGGUCAUCUUGAGGUCAUGCGACUCCUGAUAGACGGAGGCGCUGAUAUCGAGGCUGAGUUGGCAUACGAGAAUACGCCAGCCUUCCAACGCGCAUCGGAAUACGGCCACGCCAAUAUUGUUCAGUUCCUGUUAAAGCAGAGCGCUCAUCGUAACAUUGCGAUUCCUACCCAGAAAAAACUAUUUUCUUUGAGAUGUGCGAUAAGCAGCGGUCAUUACGAUGUGGUUAAGCUUCUCCUAGACGAAAGACUUCCUCCCGACGCAGAUGUCUAUGGUAAUGUUAAGUCUGGCUUAGAGAUUGCAGCGUUCAAGGGCGACGUCAAGAUGUUUGAACUUGUGAAAGAAAACGGAUUCGAGCUUGGGGAUAACUGCUUUGAUGCUUUGAGGCCUGCAAUAUGCAGAGGUCAUCAUGAUUUGGUCGGGUAUCUCCUAGCAGGACUUACCCGAAUACAUGUCAGCGGCUCUGACGUUAAUCAUGGUCUGGAGAUUUCGGCGCUUAGGGGUGAUCUCAAGAUGUUUGAACUUCUCAAAGCUCACGGGUUCGAGCUUAGCAGCAACCGCAAAAAGCUUGCUUUAAGGAAUGCAAUAGGCAGCAGUCAUUACGAUGUGGUCAGACAUCUCCUAAGCGGAGUAAUUCCGGAAGCAGAUAUUGUGUCUGGAGUUGAUGACGGCCUAGAGGCUGCAGCACAACGUGGUGAUCUCAAGAUGUUUGAGCUCCUCGAAGAAUACGGGCUUGGUCUCAGCAGCAACGGCAAGAAGUAUCCCUUGAAGAAGGCGAUAGGCGAGGGUCAUUGCAAUGUGGUGAAGUAUCUCCUAGACGGAGGAAUUGGCGAAGUAGAUACUGUUUCUAUGGUGAAGGUUGAACUGGAGGGUGCAGCAUUCAAUGGUUCACUCAAGAUGUUUGAACUUCUCGAGGAAUACGGAUUCGAGGUCAGGAGCAGCAAGUAUCUCAUCGGAGCAGCUGAAAGGAAUUUCCUUCCAUUGGUCAAGUUUCUGAUGGACCACAACAAGGUUGAUAUCAAUGAGAGAGGCAGUGAAUAUUGGAUGGCGCCUCUUCAUUUCGCAGCAAAGCAUGGCAAUGUUGAAAUGGUCAACUUCCUUCUUGACGAGGGGGCUGAUAUCAAUGCCCUAGCAGGCAAGAAUUUGUCACGCUGUGCUGUUGAUGAGGCAAGAGCGGGGGGUCAUCUUAAAGUGCUCAAGGUUCUUUUCGAGAGGGGGGCAAAGAAGUACAAUCCCGAAAGGGAUCGAUGGGUGACUCUCUGGGACCCUGAGAGCACAUAA